AUGCAGCUCCAGCUCGUAUUGGGCGACGACCUCGACGUUCUACCGUCUUCACAAACGAAACUACGGCCUAUGCGUGACGUCGAAGCGGCCAGCAGCAUACUCAACGCCCCACGGCGCGCUGAGCUCUCGCGACAGCGUCAUUGUGUGGACUUUGAGCACCAGACCAUCGAGCUGCGUCAGGCCUUCCGUACAGCCCCCGAGCCCGUGACGUUAGAGUCUCCUCCACGCAACUCUAGCCCCACCUCCAUCCUGCGCAAUCGGUCCACGUCAGCCAGCCUAAAGAAGAAAAAGAAGGUCUCGUUCAUGCAGACGGAACCUGAACAGGAGCUUGAACAGAGCUUCAGCAAUCAGUGCAGCUGUCAGAGCUUAAAGCCCUCGGACGACGUCAAGGACAUGCAGUCUCCCAUCCACGCUGUUUGCAGGAGAGCCGAGCUACAGGCGCUCAAGCAUUUACUGAGCUUCUAUUUCGGUGCAGACCUGAUUAAGCUCGUAAACUCAAGCUGUGCAUGUGGCCGUACGCCACUCGAAGUGGCCUGUGAAGCGGGUGACCUUAGGAUAGUCAAAUUGUUGCUCAAGCGCCACGCAGAUCCCAACAGUGCAGGCAGCGCGAAGCCCGGAGCGAAGCAGACUCUGUCCGCCCAUAUUCGCAACCACAGGAGACGCAGUAUCGACCCAAUGUUUACGCGCAAGCGGAAACAGCAGACUUGCUUGAGUAUUGCUUGCAAGAACCGCAAGUGCGAUAUAUUGGAGCUAUUGAUGCAGUACGGCGCUCGGAUUGACGAGGACGCGUUGGUGAUGGCAGCUAGCCACGGUCAUGAGGAUGUGGUCCGUACCCUUGUGAACUUUGCCAAUGCGGAUGUCAAGAAGAAGGCCAGUCCAGUGCAUCACCUUUUCCAUAAGAAAGGAGCGGAAGCCAAUGAACGUGUCUACGUGCCGCUGAUCUCCAGCUCUACGUUGCAGAAGGCCUGUUCCGCUGCGGCAGUUAAACACCCAGAGCUGAUUCGCGUCCUUUUGGGCGAAGGCAAGAACACCGUUUCUAAGCAGAAUGUGGUCAAGUGUGCGUUCGACGCCGUCAACUUGCCGGAUUAUCGUCUGAUUAAGUGUUUGACCAAGAUGUACGACCUCCGACUGCUGCUUGAAGCACGCGACAAGACCUCACAGAGCUCGCUACUGCAUGCAGCAGUGAAGAAUGGCAGCGCUAAGACCGUUCUUCUGUUGAUCAAGAUGGGUGCUGAUGUUCAUGCAAGAGACGGAAGCGGCAUUCCACCUCUGUACUUGGCAUGUGCUCGUGGUCAAGAGGUUGUGGUACAGUCUCUGCUGGAGAAAGGGGCCAAGUGUACAGCGGUGGGUCCCGGUGGUGAGACGCCACUGCAUAUCGCUGCUCAGGAGAACCAACUAGCGUGUGUGAAAUUGUUGCUGGAAGUUGGUAAGGUACCGGUGGACGGCGUGACUCACGAUCGCUGUACGGCCCUCCAUUUGGCGUCUCAGCGAGGCAACACAGCAGUCGCUGCGUGUUUACUGGACCAUGGAGCUAACGUGGAUGCUAUGACGGCAGACAACGAGUCGCCGCUGCUCAAGGCCAGUCGCAUGAGUCAGUUCCAGACCGUCAAGCUGCUUCUAUCCCGUAACGCCAGCACUCAGCAACCCAUUUUGACGUCGAGUUCCUCUGAGCACAAGCUGACGGUUUCUAGUGGAGAAUCCUUCGACAAGAACAACGAGCGGAUCUUCAUCGCCAAGUCCAACACGCACACAUCGCUCAAGCAUUGGCUUCGCUCCGUGCUCAACAACUAA